CGUGGGCGGGUCCCGGCACCUGGGGCUGGGGACAAGGUCCUGCGCGCCCGGCCCGCGCGCGGCCAUGGGACCCAGGGCUCCGAGGGGACGCAGCGCGCCAGCUGUCAGGGACUCUUUGUCGGUUCUACUCCUUCUAUGUUUGCUCUCGAGGACUUCCGAGUUAAAAGUUGCAAAUGCCUUUAAACCCAAUAUUCUCCUGAUAAUGGCAGACGAUCUUGGCAUUGGGGAUCUUGGUUGCUAUGGGAACGAUACGCUCAGGACACCCAAUAUCGACCGGCUUGCAGAAGAAGGUGUGAGGCUCACCCAGCACCUGGCGGCCGCCCCCCUCUGUACCCCCAGCAGAUCUUCCUUCCUCACGGGGAGGCACUCCCUCAGAUCAGGCAUGGAAGCCGAUGAUGGGUACCGUGCCCUCCAGUGGAACGGGGGAUCGGGCGGACUCCCCGCGAAUGAAACCACAUUUGCGAGAAUCCUGCAGCAGCAAGGUUAUGCAACUGGACUCAUAGGAAAAUGGCACCAGGGUGUGAACUGUGAAUCCCGCACCGACCACUGCCACCACCCACUGAACCACGGAUUUGACUAUUUUUAUGGCAUGCCUUUCACGCUUGUGGAUGACUGUCAGCCAGGCAGGCCCCCGGGACUGGACGCCACGACUAGAGCCAGGCUGUGGCAUUACACCCAGAUGGCAGCACUGGGGGUACUGACUGUUGCUGUUGGUAAGACUUGGGGGUUAAUCUCUGUGUCCUGGAAGGUAGUCCUGGGUACAGCCAGCCUCGUCUUCCUCUUCUUCAUCUCCUGGUACGCCAGCUUUGGGUUUGUGCGUCGUUGGAACUGUAUCCUGAUGAGAAACCAUGACGUCACAGAGCAGCCCAUGGUUUUGGAAAAAACGACGAGUCUCAUGCUACACGAAGCAAUUUCCUAUAUUGAAAGAAAUAAGCACAGGCCAUUCCUUCUCUUCGUGUCCUUGUUGCAUGUACACAUUCCCCUGGUAACCACAAAACAGUUUCUCGGGAAAAGCCAGCACGGCUUAUAUGGCGACAACGUGGAGGAGAUGGAUUGGCUUGUAGGUGAAAUCCUUAAAGCCGUUGACGUAAAUGGUUUGAAAAACAUGACAUUCACGUAUUUUACCUCUGAUCACGGAGGACAUUUGGAGGCAAGGGACGAACGUGGCCAGCUGGGGGGAUGGAAUGGAAUAUUCAGAGGUGGCAAAGGGAUGGGGGGCUGGGAAGGCGGCAUCCGUGUCCCAGGGAUCUUCCGCUGGCCUGGGGUGCUGCCGGCUGGCCAAAUGAUCCACGAGCCCACCAGCCUGAUGGAUGUUUUCCCCACCGUGGUCCAGCUGGGGGGCGGCAAUGUGCCCCAGGACAGGGUGAUCGAUGGCCGUAGCCUGGUGCCCUUGCUUCAAGGGGCUGCUGAGCACUCUGCACAUGAGUUCCUGUUUCAUUACUGUGGAAAGUAUCUGCAUGCAGCACGCUGGCAUGAGCAGAACAGGGGAAGACUCUGGAAGGUCCACUACAUGACACCACAGUUCCACCCCAAGGGGGCGGGGGCCUGCUACGGCCAAGGCCUGUGCCCCUGCUCCGGGGACAGCGUGACCCAACACAGCCCUCCUCUGCUCUUCGACCUCUCCAGGGACCCUUCCGAGGCAGAGCCCCUGUCCCCUGGCUCCGAACCCCGGUACCACGCGGUGGUAACACUGGUGGGCAAGGCAGUGGAUCAGCACAGGAAGACCCUGAGUCCUGUGCCCCCGCAGUUUUCCCUGAGCAACAUCAUCUGGAAGCCGUGGCUGCAGCCAUGCUGUGGAACCUUCCCCUUGUGCGCGUGUGGGCAGGACGAGGUCCCCAGUGAGACAUGACCUCACACUUGGCAGGAUGCCUGUCAUCAGACAGACGGGGCAAAACAUGUUGGCGAGGAUGCAGAGAAAGGGGAACCGUCUUGCACUGUUGCUGGGAAUGCAAACUGG